GAACCGACGAUUGUAUUAAAGUAACACAACAACAUUUUCACUUCCUUUCUUCUUUUCUUUUAAUUGCAGAUAAUUAUCGUUCAAUUGCAUCAGAUUUGUGCUCGUUAGCCAAAGAACAAGGUUCACGUGACAAUAUUUCAGUGAUUGUUGUAUACUUGAAAGAUCCGCAACUGAUAGCAACUCAAAGCUGGCCAUCAACGUUUCAAGAACAGUCUAAAAAUAUGGAAAAUUUCAACAUCUACGAACAUCAAGAGCAGCCAGUCGCCAAUCCAGUUACAAUGGAUGCGCUUGGAAAUACAAAUCAGGAUAUUUACAAUAAUCCAUUUGGUGAUUUCAACAAUCAAUUCAUCAGUGAUGUUGCUAUGGGAAAAGCGUCAGAAAUCUCUGAUCUCGUUACGCAACAACAACCUGUUUGCAAUAUUACGGAAACGAUGACAAAUAAUUUGAAUAACAUCAACAAUAAUAAAUUCAACAAUGGUCAUGAUGAGAUGGAAAAGAACUUUGUCGUUGAUGAUGGUUUGAACUUUGAUCAGCCAUCAAGUCAACAACCACAAGAAGCUGCAAACAUUCUCGUCUUGAAUGACGAUAACAACAACAGUAACAAUGAUAACUUUAGUGGUCCUGAAACCGACGUUGAUGCCAUUGACGAUGACGUUCCAUUGAACGCUUCGUUAGGUGCCGUAGGGGGUGCUAAAGAAAAGAUUCAAAUGGAAUUCAAGGAAACCGAAGAUUUUACUGAUCAAGCUGCUGAAAAUGUUAAUUUCGGCGUAGAUAAUUCUGCUGCCAUUUACGGAACAUUGGAAAAUAAAAUUUUCGAGGAACUAUCACUCCACAAUCCAGAUAUGAUCGAAGGCAACAAUCCAUUUGAAUCAAUUGAUGACAGCAAUGUGUUGAAAGAAGCUGCUAAAUUUGCAUCAGCGCCUGUUAUGGAAGAGUUCAUAGACAACAAAACUUUUGAACAGGAAAUUCAUGACAUGUCAGAUUUUGUUGAAAAAGCUCAGAAAUUCGGAAUGGAGGAAGAAUUUAACAAGGAAAUUAUUGGUGCCGUUGAUGAAUUGAAGAGUGCCACUGAUGACGAAGUUGCCAUGCAACAGCAACCACAAAUCGACCUUGGAUUUAUUGAAAGCACACAACAACAACAGCAGCAACAAGCAAUUGGUGAAAGUGGUGGUGAGGAGUCAGAAGACGAAUGGAAUUAUAUUGAAGGUGAUAAGAAAUCGUCUGAUAAUAAUUUAGCUGCCGUCAAAGAGAACUCAGAGAAAGUCGAAUCAACAUUAACUGAAGAGAGACAAGAAACUGAAGGAGAACAAUUAGGAAAGUUCAUCGAACACGAACAACAAUUUAAUUCUUCUAUCAAGGAUUGCGAAGCAGUAAAAGAGAUUGCCGAGGAGCAUUUUAAAGAAGAAAUCGAAAAUAAACUGCCAUUGACAAUCGACACAGAGGAGUCUGAUGAAAUGUCGCAAUUAAAUCCAGACGCAAAAGAAUUUAUUCCAGUUUCACCAUCACGUGAACUUUUCAACAACAUGUCGUUAAACUCACCGCCUUUGAAUGGGCAAAUGAAUCCAAUAAUCAAUAAUCUUGUUAAUGAAGACAUUGUCGUCUCACAGUCACCAAGAAAAGGAGAAUUCCAACCAAUGGAAGAUGUAAUAAUUCCUUCCGAACAGGACUUUGACACUGAAUGCAGUUCACGUCCACAUGAAUUCGAUUCAUCUUCACCAAUUGAAAAUCGGGAUGUGCCCCAAAUUAUGAAUUUAAAAGAAUCACAACAACGUGACGAUAAACUUGAACAUGAAUAUAAGGAUGAAGCUUUCUUCGAAGAAGAGAAGAGACAAUCAAGCGAAGAUUAUAAAGUUUUGGAGAAAUCUUUCAGUGAUUACAGUAAUGGCUUCCAAAAUGUCAUUGAUGAUCCAAUGAAUCGAUCAUUCUAUGAAGGCCGUGAAGGUGAUGUUUUGUUAGCAACAGCUGGAGAUGUUUUGAAUACACUUCAACCAAUUCCAACUUUCGAAGAUGAACAACCAGAAGCUGAUCAUCAAAAUUUCACAACAGAAAGUGAUAAGCCUGAAGCUGAUCAUUUGGAAUGCCAAAUCACUAGUGAAUCAAUUCUUAGUUUUACACAAGAAACUAAAGAUGAUCAAUUUGAAGCUGAACAAUUUGUUGAAGAGAUUAAAAGUGCUAGUGAGGUUGCUGAUAAGUAUAAUGAUGUGGGAUUAUCACCACAACUUCCAGAAGUCACAUUCAAUACAGUUCAAACUACUGUGGAUGAACCAAUCAAAGCUGAAAUGGAAUUAAUUGAACAAAUUCAAGAAACUGUUCCAGCUGCUAAAGCCCCAAGCUCUACAACUGCAUCUACUAAAGCUCCAAUCACAAAACCAGCACCAACUAAACCACUUGCAACAACAAAGAAAGCAACUGCACCAUUAUCAGCUGCUCCAAAACCAGCACCAAAGUCAACAGUUUCAAGUGCAUCCACAUUACGUUCUAAGCCUUCAACGACAUCUGCUGCAGCACCUAAAAGACCAAUGUCUUCCACCACAGCAAAACCUUCAACAGACUCAGCUGCAGCAAAACCAACACCUGCAGCUAGAGCUACGACGUUGACCAAAAAACCGGCAACAUCAGUGGCAGCAACAAAGCCACUUUCUCGACCAACGUCAGCGGCAGUUCCUUCAAAAACAAAGUUGACAAAUGGAUCGUCAACUGAACGAAAACCUUUGUCAUUUUCAGCUUCUACUACAAGAGCUCCAGCAAAACCACCAACAAGCCUCGCAACGAAACCGAAUGGAACCUCAAUGACAACAGCUGCAAGAUCACCAACAAAACCUUUAUCAUCAACACGUCUCUCUACUUCAAAUGUUGAAAAGUCUUCAACAUCUCCAAUCAAAGAAAAACUUCUAAAUCGAUCAAUAGGAAGUGCAACAUCAACACGAUCACCUCGUCCAACAACAAGCGCAACUACGAUGAAAACUGUUGUCAAAGAUGUAAAAUCUCCAACUGGAACAGCUUCAAAGACAACUCCAUCGUCUUUGUCAGCAGUUGGUGUUAAGAAGCCACUUUCAGCUGUGAAAAAAGCCUCAACUACCACGACAACCACAACAACUGUCAAGAAAGUUCCUUCAAAGACAACAGCAGUUAAGAAGACAACGACAACAACCACAACAGUCGUACAGAAGAAGAAAAUCGUAAAUGGUGACAUUGUAAGUGAAGAGACUUCGACAACAACAACUUCUGGUGAGCCACAAUUGAUGAUUGAAGAAAUUAUUAAAGAUGGAUUUGCAUCGGAAUUAAAUGGGCAUACUAAUGGAACUGCUGAGAAUGGAACAGCUGCUGACAAUGUCCAAAUGUUGAUCGACUCUACAGCUGACUAAUCAUCUGCACAACGCACAACAUAAAUUAUUCUAAAACAAAAAAAAUAUGAAAAUUCAAAACGUGAAGAUCAACGAAAUCGAAAAUGGAAAAUGUUUAGACUCUCAUCUGGUUUCAUGUUCACCUUUUUUUCUUUUUUUAUUACUAAACAAAAUAACAUUAACAAUGGAAACGAGAUGAAGAUUCUAAUUUAAAUUUUCAACGAAACUCUUUGAGAUUGAUGGAAAACUUACCACGAUCUUCACAUUAUCGAGUUUAAGAAAAAAACAAAAAAAAAAAACAUUGUUUUGAACAAGAAGAAAAUCGAAUCAAAAUUAAUUAACACAAUCGUUUGAUAACUAAAACUUGAUGAAAGAGAAACAGAAAAUUAUUUAAAAACUUUGGAGCAAUGAGAUAUAAUUUGAAGAAACAUUGAAGUGGAAGAAAAAUCUUGAUUUUAUAAGCAAAACUCGUUGUCUUUUAAAUGCUGAUACUUUUAACAUUUUUUUGUAUAAAUUAGAUUUAUUUUUGUGUUUUUAUGAUUCUAAAUUCAUAGAUGAUCAUUAGUCUUUAGAUAUUUCCUUAUUCGUUUUCAUUUUCAUUAAAUAUUAUUCCCCUUUUUGUCACCCUUUAAACUCAUAAACAGCGCCAGUGAAUAUUAGAGCGCAAGAUUCAUAAUAAUAUAAAUAAAUAAUAAAUAAAAAAAUAUUAACACAAGAUUUACACAAGCAUUAGAAUUUUUUACAAGAAAGCUUAGUUAAGGAAAAGAUGAAGUGAAUAUUGUCGCCUUUUUAUAUUGCUUAAUCAUUGUUUUAAUGAUAGAUAAUAUUUUUUAAUUCAAAGAAACUAUUAACAGUGAUUAUCUACAAUUUGUUUCAAAGGAAAAGCAUAAAAUUAUAAACAGAAUGCUUUUCCUUUCCAUUUGAUUUAAUUGUUUAAUGGUUGCCUUUAAAGUUUCUCAAUGACCACAAAAUGGCACCAAAUAAAAACUUUUAAUUGAAUAUCGUCGUUGAUUUAUUAGCAAUCCGACAGAAACAUAUAAAAGUAAAAUUAUUUCGCAUUUUAUGAAUCGCUUUUAUGUUUAAGUUGUUUGGAAAUUAAUUGAUUAAAAUGCAUUGAAGUACUUUGUUAUACCUUUUUUUUUAAAUCUACAUUUAUCUACAUAGCUAUGUCGAAUGAUUAAUUUCGAUUUAUUCACAGCACUUUAUUCGUAGAAUUAAAAAUUGACUGCGAAAAAAUUUAAUCAAGUAGCGUGAGAAGAAAUUUAAAAAAUAUUUGCUAAGGAAAUUUUAGGAAGACUUUUUAUAAUGAUUGUGAAAAAAAAGAAGAAAAUAAUCGUCGAAAAUGUUCAUUGAUUUGAUUUGAAAUUAUGUUUAAAACUUAAAUAAGUCAUGAAAUUAUUGCUAUUAUUAAAUUAUUUAAUAUCAUGAAAGUAUGAGCUUAGAGAACAAAAGAUGAAACAUAACUAACAUGAAGAAAAUCUACAUUUGUUUGAAAGCUUUUGCUGAAUUCUUUCAUUAUAAUCUUUAACCAGUUUCGCAAUCGUUCUAAGUAAUAAAAUUUAUCAAAAAAUAUAUUUUACUCUUUUAAUCGACGAAAUGUUGAAGCCAUGCAAAUGGUUUUUCACGUUACGAAACUUAUGCAAAAUAUAAAAUAUUUACCUUUAAACUGAUAUGAGAAUGAAAAUCGCCCUAUUUGUAUUUGAUGAAAGAAGUAAGGAAGAAAAUAAACUUAAAAAAAAAGAAAAUGCAAA